ACCGUUAUCGAGAAAAGCUUACUUCUGGAUCCUCCAUUACUCCAAACAUUUGCAAUUGUGGUGGCAUUCUGUAGUAUGGAGAUACUGCUAUUUCUCUUUUCCCUUCCUUUAAGUUAAAAAAGAAAGCUGAUAUUUUCUUUUCCCUCUAGCACUAAGGAAAGUAUAUCUUUAUUUGGUCAUCACGCAAACCUUAAGGCCUAAGAAUAAAUAUACUGUGUCCGUACAACCGCGUUUUAGCAUUUCUCUGAGAAAGAAAAACAGAGUGUUCGGUCAAGUAAACAACUGCGGAGUCCUGUCGACUGUCGUAACACCAAAACGCAAACACGACAGCGACCGCCGUUUAAUCAAUGCAACACCACCGCGACCGCCGUAGACGCCCGCGUCCUACGCGGCCUCCCGUCAUGCUCCAACCAGGUCAAGUAGCAUUCCGAGUAGUUUGCCACGCGUCCAUAAUCGGCGGCUUGAUCGGCCGUUCGGGCUCGGCUAUCUCUCAAAUACGGCGAGACACAGGGUGCACUGUCCACUGUGACGAACAAGUGCAGGGUUCAGACCACCGUGUGAUCACAAUAGUAGGUCCAGCAUCUCCCGGAAAAAGAAUCACGUUGAACUCAACGACUUGUCACGAUCAUAAUGGGGCGGAAGAGGAGGAAAAGGAACUGGUGUCGGUGGCUCAAGAGGCAGUAAUUAGGGUUUGUGAGAGAAUGUGGGAAGUUGAUGGUCAAAGAGAAAGAAGAGGAGGAGUCGAUAACAAUAGUAAUAAUAGUGGUCUGGGCGAAGGUUAUUGUGGCCUUUUGGCUGAUACGACACAAAUUGGUGCCGUUGUUGGAAAAGGAGGGAAGAAUGUGUUGAGAAUGAGGAGAGAGAGUGGGGCGGAUAUUAGAUUCCUUCCACCCCCACAUUGUGCUUCUAAGGAUGAUCAACUGAUUCAGAUUACAGGUUCCAUUUUGGCAGUGAAAAAAGCACUGGUUGCUGUUACUGAUUGUCUUCACGAUUGUCCACCAUAUGAAAAAGACCCAACGCUUUUGAUGAGACCACUUGAGAGAGCUUCACAUUUGGCCUCUUCUGAUCCACAUGCAGAAUUCUUCCCACAUCUUAGUUCACUGUUACCACCUUUAAGUGGAAAUUCUGGAACUUCCCAUCCAUUAUCCUCGGAUGCUGGUGAAGACCCCAACCAGGAUGCGGAAGCGGUACGACACGAAGUGUCAUUCAGGCUGCUUUGCUCCAAUGGUGCAGCUGGGAGCAUUAUUGGCAAGAAAGGAACCAUUGUCAGAACCCUACAAAAUGAAACAGGUGCUUCUAUCAUGUUUGCAGCUCCAAUGUCUAUGUCUGGUGAACGUGUAGUUACCAUUUCUGCGUUGGAGAACCUUGAAUCAUGGCACUCUCCUGCACAAAAUGCUGCUAUUCUCGUCUUUGCUAGAUCUGUUGAACAUGACAUUGAAAAGGGGCAUCCAUCAGGUUUGAUUGAGGGUGCUACAGUAACUGCAAGGCUCCUAGUGGCAUCAGAUGCUGUUUGUUGCUUGAUUGAGAAGGGUGGCACUGGCAAUAUAGAUUCUGAAAUGAUAGAAGUAAGUGGUGCUGAUAUACGGAUAUUAGAUGGGGAACAGAUCAUGGCUUGUGCUUCAGAAGAUGAUGUAGUAAUAGAGAUCACUGGUGAGUAUAAAAAUGUACAGAAUGCACUGUUUAUGGUUACUGGGAAACUGAGGGGUAAUCUUUUGCCUAGUGAGGUGCUCAAUGAAAAGAAAGCAAGGAGUCCCCAAGGAAGAAAAGUGGAGACUGCUUCUCCUAGAUUGCAUCAACCGGCAGGCCUGUCUCCUGAUUCUGAUCAAGAAACUAGUUUGACAAGAGCAAUGAAUCAGCUUGGAUUCUCCAGCAGCUUCAACAAUGCUUCUUUACCGAGACUGCAGUCAGCACAGAAGUUUCAAAGAGAGCAUACAACAGCAAUUAAAAAUCAAGAGAACAGCUUACAAGCAUUUGGUGGGGGUUCAGGACUUGAAAGGUCUCUGCACUUCCUUUUGCCCAAGGAGGUACUUAAUGAGGUAGGUGAAAGAAGCUCUAGUGGAGGAGUGAGACAGACUACAAGUUCUGGAUCCCAUUCAUCAUCGGGCCUAGCUCCUGGUCCCAUUCAAGAUACUUCUUUAACACGAGGGAUCAAUCAACCUCAACUCUCCAACAACAUUGACUUUCCUUCACCUGCAUUACAUAUGCCACAGCAGACUGCAGGAAGAGGGAAAACUUUUGGACGGGGUGCAGAACUUGAGAGUUACAGCAGAAAGAGAUCUCCUAUUGUGGUGAACACAAUCAUUGAGCUCGUAGUUCCUGAAGAUACUAUUGGCUCUGUUUAUGGUGAAGAUGGCAGCAAUCUGGCUCGAUUAAGACAGAUUUCAGGUGCAAAAGUUGAAGUGCGCGAGCCUUCUUCCGGCAAAAGUGGGAGGAUAGUUGUCAUAUCAGGAACACCUGAUCAAACCAAUGCAGCGCAAAGCCUGCUUCAAGCCUUCAUUCUAGCAGACCAGUAAUUUCCAAACCACCAGUUUUAUAGUCAUCAACCCAUUGAUAGGCAUCCAUGUCACUCUAUGUACAUUUCCAUGUGAAGCCACAACACUGUAGGCGCAGGUGUUCUGUUGUUAAUAUGAAAUACUAACUUCUGAUCUAUCAAAAGAUUACCCGACACCAUCAAAAUCAUAGAUUCAUAGAUAGAAAAGAGAUCAUUCUAACAGGUUGAUCUUUGGAUUUGAAAGUGCUUCAUUCUGAAAUUUUAUCAAACAAAUCAUUUUAUUUA